UUUCCCUUUGUCCUUUUCCCAGGAGAGGCGUGAGGGCUCGCCAUGCCGCUGGUGAAGAGGAACAUCGAGCCCCGGCACCUGUGCCGGGGGGCCCUUCCCGAUGGGGUGACGAGUGAGCUGGAGUGUGUCACCAACAGCACGCUGGCUGCCAUCAUCAAACAGCUGGGCAGCCUCAGCAGGCACGCCGAGGACAUCUUUGGAGAGCUGUUCAACGAAGCCAACAGCUUCUACAUGCGGAUGAACUCGCUGCAGGAGAGGGUGGACCUGCUGGUCAUCAAGGUGACGCAGCUGGACUCCACCGUGGAGGAAGUUUCACUGCAGGACAUCAACAUGAGGAAAGCCUUCAAGAGCUCCACGGUGCAGAACCAGCAGGUCGUGUCCCGCAACUCCAUCCCCAACCCGGUGAUGGAGAUGUACCAGCGCUGCGACAAACCCCCGCCGCUCAACAUCCUCACGCCCUACAGGGAUGACAAGAAGGACGGCCUCAAAUUCUACACAGACCCCUCCUACUUCUUCAACUUAUGGAAGGAGAAGAUGCUGCAGGCGACAGAAGACAAGAGGAAGGAGAAGCGCAGGCAGAAGGAGCAGCGGCUGGUGGAGGACUCCACCCGGGAGGUGAAGAAAGUGAGGAAAGCCCGCAACCGGCGCCUGGAGUGGAACAUGAUGGCGUAUGAUAAAGAGUUCCGGCCGGAUAACAGGUUCUCACCAUCCCCCUAUCACAUGGCGUCAUCGGAAGGAUCACUGUCCCCAGAUAAUAGAUCCUACGCGUCGGACGCUGCCGACCACUCGUACCCGGCCAGCCCCAACCACCCCGCGCAGCUGCUGGCCCCGGCGGCCCACCUGGCCCCGGUGGAGCACAAGGAGGGGGUGCUGGCGGCCACCAACCCCCCGGAGCACGUGUUCCGGCCGGCCACGGGCAGCCGGCAGAACAGCCUGACCCGCCUGCAGCAGCCCCACGCACCGCCGCCCCCCGAGGCCGUCCUCAACGGGCCCAGACCCCACCUAGUCAAGGAUUACGGCCCGCAGCCGGUGCCCAUGGCCGAGUACUUCGUGCCGCCCGCUCCUCCGCCGCCGCCGCCCGUCAUCCCAUCGGCACAGACCGCCUUCGACAGCCCCAUCUCGGCCCCCCCAGCGCUGGCCCCCGGCUCGGCCGCAGCCCCUUCCUACGCCCCUUCACCGCCCCCCGCUCCCCCCGGCCCUUACUCGGCGUCCCCACCGCAGAGCGGCCCCAUGGGACCCCCGGUGGCCCCUCCGCCCCCUCCGCCCGGGCCGCCGGCCGUGUCCUCCUCCCCGGCGCACUCCGCAUCACCGCCCGCAGCCGAGCCCCGCAAACCGCAGGUGCCGCUGAUGCCCAUGAGCGACGCCCGCAGCGACCUGCUGGCAGCCAUCCGCAGGGGAAUCCAACUCCGGAAAGUCCAGGAGCAGUGGGAGCAAGAGGCCAAAAAAGAGCCCGUGGGCAAUGACGUGGCGACCAUCCUGUCGCGCCGGAUCGCGGUGGAGUACAGCGAGUCCGAUGACGACUCCGAGCUGGACGAUAACGAGUGGUCGGACUGAGGGCGCCGGGCUGGGCUGGCUCGGAGCUCCCAGCUCCGUUCCAGGUGUGUAUAGGCACCUUCCCCACGUCGCCCCGCUCGGGCAGGAGCUUUGCUUUUACACUAUGUCCAAAACCCUUCGGGCAGCAGCAGCAGCAGCACUGGUAGGAUACACCUCGGAGGCAGUGAGACCAGAAAUUAGCGGCACCUUCGUAGUUAAUGACUUCCAAAAUUCUCUGAAGGCAGGUUAAUAGGAUUACUCCAGGUUUACACCUGGAGCAAGACCGGAGAGUGGCUUUGCGAGAGAAGGGAGCCCCAGAGGCAGCAGUGCUUUUUUCAGCUUAAUGUUAAUUGUGCUAACGAGAAGCUCCUGGAGAAGAAGCCUUGUUUGCACAGCUGGUGGCACCACGGGAGUGCAGGGCUGGCUGUGUGGCCUUGGGGACACUCUGCUGCUGGUGGUGGUGGUUUUGGGGUCAGGCAGCUCCAAAAGCUGCGUGUGGGCAGGAACCUCCCUCCCUACACCACGUUUCGUACAGUUACACCACUGUGUGGUUCCUCCCUGGAAAAUCAUGGAAUGCUUUGGGUUGGAAGGCUCCUUUAAAGCCCAUUUAGUCCAGCUAGAGCUGGGACACCUUCCCCCAGAGCAGGUUGUGUGAGCAGCCCGAGGUGACCUUGGUGACCUUCCCUGUAUCCAUGCUCAGAGCUGGUUUUCCAGGAGGGCAAGGCUGGUGUGGCUGGCAGGGAGACACAGCCUCGGCCAGGCUUGUCCUGCCUUUUCCAGAAAAGGAGUAGAGGUGUCCAGGGGGCUUCCCCAAGCCCAGCUCUCCUUGGCCUUAGCGUGACACCAUUUCAGUGUUAUCUGGGAAAAAGUGAAUCAGACAAUCUGCUGCUUUCAGGUAAACUCUCAACUUGCACUUUGCAGCCCCAGGAGCUGUGCCUGUACAGCUGAGAUCAGCUCAGACCCAGGCACCGGUUUCCCCUUCCUGAUCCUGCUCCGUCCCCUGCCCCACAUUUGGAUGGAGGAGCUGGGUGAGCAGGCCCCUAUUUCAGCACUGAAAAUACCUGUUUUCCCACCAAAACAGAGCGUGAUCCGUGGCAGACUUUUCACAGAGCUACAAAGGGAGGAGGCACAAAGGAAGGCAGAGCAGAAGGGGUGGGAAAUACUGGAAAUAUCACAGGCAGGUGUGGAAACCUGCAGAGAGAUGGGAGAGGUUUCCCACCUGUGGAAAAUGGGCUGGGACCAGCUGUGGAUUGGCCAGUGUGAUGUCCCCAGACCCCCUUCUUGUGUUCCCCUAUUCCACGAGUCCCUGAAUGGGGAAAGCCUGAGCUCUGUGCCCAGUUCCCUGCCUCUCCCAGUAGCCCUGUGGGUGAUGGCUACUUCAGCAGGAUUUUGAUGAUGGAGAAGCAGCCAGACCUCUAAAAGAGGUGGGAGGAUAUGGCUGAGAGCCAAAUGCUGAUCCUUAAAUUCCACAGAAUCCUAGAAAGGUUUGGGAUAAAAGGGACCUUAAAAACCACCUCAUUCCAACCCCCUGCCAAGGGCAGGGACACUUCCACUAGACCAGGUUGCUGAUUUCCUGGGAGAUGCUGGUGUUGUCCCAAACUUCUGCUCAUGUGCCCCCAGUGACAAACCCCUCAUGGCCAGAUGUGGUGAAUCCUCUGCCCAGCUGCUGGGAAACACCCCCAGGAGCUCUCCCUUCUCUCGAGUGGCACAGAAAUGGUCUCUUGUCCCUUGGAUGUGACACCUUGCACACCUCCACACCCAGGCUGGGGGCUGUGGUGCCCAGUGAGCUUGAGCAGGGGUGCAGAAUGGGUUUGGGAUGUGGGAGAGGGCAAGGCAAGAAGCAGCAGAGCAACAGGAUACGUGGAAUAACUCACCUGCAAAACACAAGGAGCAGGAGUGAGCAGAGGAGGCAGGGUGACACCGUGCUCUACAGGUGGCCAGGAAAUUCCUGGUGCUCACUGGGAGCUCUUGGUUCUGAGGUUGACGCUCUGAGAUGCAGGGAAACAGCUGCAAGAGCUUUUUACAGAGAGCCCCUGCAAUGCCCAGGACCUUCUUUCCUUGGGAAGGCAGCUGGGCUUUGGCCUGGAGCAGGUUCAGAAGGAUGCAGUGUAAAAAUUCAGGGCAGUAUUUGAGGUGAUGCUCCUGGUGGAGUGUUAUUGACGUAGAUACAACCACAAAACUGUAAGGGAAAUUUGCUUUAUUUGGGUAAUUUAGGGAGAGCAACAGCCCUUUGUGAGAGAGGGAAAAGAGCAGGAGCUGGUGGAGCUGCUCUUAUCUGUUGCAGGGGUCGAGGGGCUGCAGAGCCACUGUGGGGACCCAGAGGAGCUGAGGAGUCCCACGGGCCCCAGGAAAGGGCUCAGGGACACACAGGACUGGCUGAUCCCAUGGCUCUGCCCCUGUCCCAGUUCUGCAGGGCUGAGCCAGUCCUGGUGGGAGCUGGAGAGGAGCCCUAAAAGAUCAGGUCCCUUCUUGUCAUGCACCAGUUGCUCUGUGUGUGUCACAUGGGACCGUGGUAACUGGGGCAGGGUGUGUGGCAGGUCAGGGCUGUCCCUGGGGCCUCCCACUGCCCUGUCCCCUCACAGCUCCUGUGCUGGGACUGGCAGAUGCCAGGAUUGGGGCCAUUGUGAUCAUAGGAAGGUUGGAAGGGACCCUAAAGGUCAUUUAGGUCACUCAGGCCACAUCUGCACAGCUGUGGGGGCAGGAAAGGCUCACCCCCAUCUCCUCACAUCUUUAUGUUCUCACACUGCAUCCCCAUGGGGCAUCCCAGCCAUCCCAGCACAUCCUCAGCCCUCCUGUUCUGCUGGAGGAAAUCCCCUGACAACACAAACCCAGCUCACAUUCUCAGCUCCAAGCCAGCCAGCAGCUCCAGGAACCUCCCAGCCCUGCUGGGAACAUCAGCAUCCCCCUCUUCCAGGGACCACAACCCCUGUGGAAACCCUAAAGCCGUCCUGGUAGCAGCAGUGGGAUCCCCCACCCUCAUCCCAGAGAGGUGUCUGGGGGAGCUGGUGGAGAAGGAAGCUCAGGGUGGGUUUGGACACCCAUUUCUGCUCUGACCAUGGCUCUCCCCACCCCUCCCAACAGCACCACGAGGCAAACAAACCCCAGGAGUCAUUCCAGUGGGAAAAGACCUCCAGGAUCUCCAAGCUGGAGCAUUAAUGCCACAUGGUGGCACUGAGAGCCCCAAUCCCAUCCUCAGUGCCUUCACCUGAGGGACUCAGCCACUCUUGACCACCUUUUUUUGAGGCAGAUUCACCUGGUUUUUGCUCAGGUGACCUUUGAAAUCCAACAGAAGUGGCACCAAUUCCUUGUCUGCUCUGGGCUGGUGCUGCUGGGAUUGUGCCACUCUAAUUAACACUGUCUGUCUGCCCCACAUGCUGCACACUCACAAUUUUGUACAUUUGUGCCUAUUUCUGGACGUUCUCCCCAAAGUAGGCCAUGCUGUGUUACACAACCUGAAAUGCUCAAAUCCUCAUGUGGGCUGAUAUAAAAGUGAAUAUUUAAAUAUUUUAUCUAGCUUGGCAGACAUUAAAAAAUGCAAUCCAGGUCACAGAUGAUUGAAUUUCCCCCCCUCUCAAGAGUACCAGAAUUGGGCUGAGGAGAUUCUCCUGUACAUUAAGGUAUCGUGUUCCCUGCUAAAAUAUAGCAGUGGCAUUUCAUUGCCAAAGGAUAAUCACAGAGUGCCAAACAUUUAAUGAGUCCAACUGAUCUCCUGAGAGUUCCUUUUUCCUUCUGCUUCCCUCUACUUGCCAAUUUAUGGGCAUAGAUUAAAAAUAAUAAAUAUGGCUGUCAACAGGGGGUGGGGGAAAUAUCAAAUAUCAAAUAUCCUGUGUCCAUGCAAAUGGACUGGAGUCAGUGGAACAGUAAAUUUUGAGCCAUUCUGGUUCUGCUUGGAGAUAUUAAUGAAGGCUGCUGUCCUUGAGGACCAUCAGGAACCUCUUGGACAUGCCAGGUGGAUGUGGGAAGGGAAUUUUGAGGGACCACAGUGGUGCUGCAGGGGGUGCCAGGCUGGUCCUGCUCAGGUUUCUGGAGGUUGGUGGGAGCCCUGCAGAGUGCCCUGCUGGCACUGCUCUCCGUGUCCCCCUGACUCAGGGUGGCCACUGCAGCUGGCUGGAGCUGCUGGUGGCUCUAAAAGUGUCCUGAAGGAAGAAUGGAUUGGGAAUGUUCUCAUUUCUAAUUUCCCACCUGGGGAAGAGACGUAGAGAGGAGCAAUCAUCCCACCCCACGAGAGCUCCUGCUUUUACAGCUGUCUCAUCUCGGGAAGGUUUUACUCCUGUGACAAACUUUGGGCUGAGCUUGGCUUCUUCAGAGAGCUCUUUCCACAGAAGAGCCCUCAGAUUUCCUCCCAGCCACUUUUCCACCUCUCUCUCCCUUUCCAGACCCCCAACAGCCCCAACAGAAGCUUUGCAGACUCCCCUGAGCCCGAAUUAACACCUCAGCUUUAAUGACAAGUGGAAGUUUGGCUUGGAGGGAGGCAGGCUGUAGCACUGGAGGUGGCAUCUCGGAGGGUGCAUCCCAGAGGUCCCCAGCUGGCAGGAAUUCCGUGCCAAUUCCUUGUGGAUGGAGCCAUGGGAAGCACUCCCCACCGUGGGAUGCUGGCAAGGGGAGCCCAGGCUGUUCCUUUCACCGAGAUCCCUGUGUUUUCCUGUAGUAGUAGUUAUUUAGGGGUAAGGUUUCCACAGCUGGAAUGUCACUUUACAGAUAAAAAAAAAAGAAAUAAAAUAAAAUAAAAGUAAGGGCAAGGAGUCUGUCCUGAGGAGUUUACAGUCUACAGCAAAGACCAUGUAACCUGCACUGCACUUUAGAAGCCUCAAAUGCUCACUCACCCAUAAAUUUCCCCUCAAAUGGGGACUGUUGUCCCUUCCUUAGGUGCCCCCUGAGCAGCAGCACCACCACGUCCCCCCGCUGGUGACAGCGCCGGGGCUCUCCUGCCCCUCCAUCCCCCACGCUGAAGUGCCUGAGCCAAGUCCAGGAGAGCCAAGCCAGGCUGGGUUUGUCCCUGAGCAGCUCCUUGUGCCCCCAGGGGUGCCCUUCCCCAGCCCCAACACAGCUGUGCUCUCUGGGAUGACACAAGUGGGGUGGGAAUGGUCCUGGGAGCAUCACUGUGGCCACCUGGUGACCCUCAGGGCUGCCACCAACCCAUGAGACAGCCUCUGGAAAACACCUGCAGACACUGAGAACCCAAAGCUCGGCUUUGAAGUAGUUCAGUCUUUCUGAGAAUCAAAGGGGUUGUUUGUUUUUGUGUGUGUGGAUCUGAUUUUUCUUGGACAAGCCCCAGGUUUUCUAGGCUCGCUCUCCCAAGCUCCACCUUCUCUGGGUGAAAAAAAUGUGCCUGUAUUUUGGGGAAAAAACCCAAAAAACAAACCUAACCCCACAGUUAAGAACUUCAGGGAGGAGCUGUUUGUCCCCAAAGCCCUCAGAGCUGUGGCCACAGGCAGGGUGGGAUGUCCCCAGGAGAUGUCACCGUGGUGCUGCUGGUGUCACCAAGGCUUGGGCUCCUGCUGAGGGAGAGCCCCAGGCAAGAGCUGAGUGGAAAAAAGCUCCCCAGAAGGCAGAGUUGAUGUGAAAUCACCCAAAUUGGUGUCUGAAUCACAGACUGCCAGGAGCCUGAGGCCAAGCUUCACCCUCCCCUGGGCAUCUCCCAGCAGGGAUCUUCCCACAGAGCCUCUCACUCUUCCCAGGAACAGCAUUAAACAGCAUCCUGCUGGUGGUUGUGAGCCCAAAUGGGUGAGAAAGGAGCCUUUUCCCACUCUGGUGAUGCCAGGGGACAGGGCUGACCCAGGGGGGAUUUCCAGCUCAGUGGUAAUUCCAGCUCUGGGUUCUGUAUAAGGUGAAGGGUUCUGAGAGGAGAAAACGAGGCAGGAAGAAACCAGCUCAGCAUUUUGGGUUCCCAUCAUCCUGCACAGGGAAAACCUCACUCAGGUCAAACCCUGUGCAAAGCCACAAAGGGCAGUGAGGGGAAUAAAUCUGUUCUCCAGCUCACUGUGGGGUUGAGCUGUGGCAGGAGGGAGCUCAGGCAAAGCUUUCUGGAGGUGAGGAUGGAGAAAUUCAGGUCACUGAGGCUCUGAGGAGGCUUUGAGGAGCCAGAGAGAAGCUGGUGACCUUGUGUGGAGCCAGGGAGUGGUGGAGGUGCCCACAGGGCAUUCCUGGCACGUUUCUAAUUCUCCCUCAUCCUCUCCUUGAUGUGCUGGGUUACAUCCCCCAGCAGCCAGGGCAGCUGCUUCUGCUCCCUCUUGCUUUUGGUGUUGACCCUCCAAUAAAAUAAAGAUAAAAAGUGCUAAUAAGCACUUUUAAAAAGUGCUAAUAAGCACCUGAGAGGGAAGGAUGUGAUCUCAUGGCUCUUCCUGCUCUAUUUCAAUAUUUAAAAGGCAGCAGCUCCUCUGGACCAUUCAUGAUCCACAGACUGUAGUGAGUAAGCCAUUAAGGUGGACAAUUUAAAAAUUUACCCUUUGAUUUGGGGUAGCUCAGUUGAGAAAU